CGACGAAAUUUCGUGUUUUAUAUCCCGAUCGGGAUACUACUUUUUUUCUAUAUCCUGAUCGGGAUAUAGCUAUAUCCCGAUCGGGAUAUAUAUCCCGAUCAGGAUAUAGGAGGUGUCCCCUUACUGAUAGAAUCACUGAUGAAUCUAUAUAAUCCAUGCCGAUUCGACAGAUUCGCUAAUGCAGUACUUUCUUCACAAGAUAUAUACUGUAUUUGAAUGUUUAGAGAUGUGCCACAUUUUACACAAAAAGCUCUAAUUCGAGAUUAUAUUGUCGAACAAUAUCCACAAUUAAAAUCGAUAUUUGUUCUACCUGGAUGUUAUGUACAGAACUGGUUAACAGUUCCACCAGAGAAAACGAAUGAUGGCACUGUUGUGUUUCGAGCACCGUUCGAUCAAAAAACAAAAUUACAUUUAGUUGAUAUCGAUGAUACAGGAUCGAUUGUUGUUGAAAUAUUGAAAAAUCCUGAUCAGUAUAUUGGUCAAGAUAUAUGCAUUUGCGGGGAAGAAAUUGCAUUUGAAGAUGUUCCAAAAGUAUUUCAAAAAGUGACAGGAAAACCAGCGAUUGCCCAAACAUCUACAGAAGAUGAGUUUCGUUCUAAUUUCGAAAAAAAACAUAUGCCAAAGAGUGCACAGGAUGAUCUAUUUAAUAUGUACAAAUGGUUUGAACAAUACGGUUAUUACGGACCAAAAAAUGACUGGAAAAGUGGACUAAAGCUAGCAAAACUGAAUACAUUUGAAUCGUGGUUGAAAAAAACAGGAUGGACAGGACCAAAUUGA